AUGUGGUCGAACAUACGAAGACCUGUUCAGGUCAUUUCCACACUCUUAUUAGCAACGCAGGCCGUUCAUGCUAUUGACCUCAAUCUCGACGACCCGGCAUCCAUAAAAUCCGCCGCCAAAGCGGUAGCCACGGAAAUGAUGACCUACUACACCGGCUAUCGACCAGGCGACAACCCAGGCAACUUACCAGAUCCCUACUACUGGUGGGAAGCAGGCGCAAUGUUCGGCGCUCUAGUCGACUACUGGGCAUACACUGGUGACAGCACAUGGAACAGCAUAACCACUCAAGCCCUGUUAUGGCAAGCAAGCCCCGACGCGAAUUUCAUGCCCAAGAAUCAAACAAUGACCGAGGGAAACGACGAUCAAGCGUUUUGGGGUAUGGCAGCCAUGUCUGCUGCAGAACGGAAUUUCCCAAAUCCACCGCCUGAUCAACCGCAAUGGCUUGCGCUGGCGCAAGCAGUCUUUAAUUCUCAAGCGUUGCGAUGGGAUCUCACUUCGUGCGGGGGAGGGCUUCGAUGGCAAAUAUUUACCUGGAAUAAUGGGUUUGGUUACAAAAACACCAUUUCGAAUGGUGGUUUCUUUAAUAUUGCAUCUAGAUUAGCCAAGUAUACCGGCAACCAUACAUAUGCCGACUGGGCUGAUAAGUCGUGGCAAUGGAUUGUUGAUGUUGGAUUUCUAACGCCGGAGUAUCGGUUUUGGGACGGUGCCGAUGAUGCGACAGAUUGCAACAGCUAUAACCAGAUUGAGUGGACAUACAACUCAGGGGUUUAUUUGCUGGGUGCGGCGAAUAUGUAUAACUAUACCAACGGCAGCGACAUCUGGCGAGACCGUGUCCUUGAAAUCCUCAACGCAACAAAAGUCUUCUUCAGCACCGAUCCCGAAAAUGUUAUGUACGAACGCGCCUGCGAAACCGUCGGAACCUGCCAAGUCGACCAAAGAUCAUUCAAAGCAUACUUUUCCCGCUGGAUGGCAGCAACCACCCAAAUGGCCCCAUUCACCUACGACAUCAUCAUGCCCCGAUUACGUGCUUCAGCGCUCGCGGCAGCCAAGACCUGCACGGGGGGCCCCAAUGGUACCAGCUGUGGACUGAGAUGGACGGAUCAGGAAUGGGAUGGUAGUCGUGGUCUUGGGGAGCAGAUGAGUGCUUUGGAAGUGGUCCAGAGUAACUUGAUUCAUGAAGUUGCUCCGCCUGUCACGGAUGCGAAUGGUGGGACGAGUAUAGGUAAUCCUGCUGCUGGUUCGGGACCGAAUGGUGGUGGUUCUGUAUCGCAGGGAGGAUUGAGUGAUGUGAGAACUAGGGAGAUUUCGACAGCGGAUAGGGCUGGGGCUGGGGUAUUGACAACUUUGUUUUUGGCUGCUGUUGUUGGGUGUACAGGCUGGUUGGUUUAUGAGAAGUGA